AUGACCGCGGGGCCCACGAAGCUUUACCAUGUGAACUCGCUAAGAAAGGCUCAUAGUCCUGCUUACGCGUUUGACGUGCUAGAGUGCGCCUUCGCGUUUGACACAACCCCCCAACCGUCGAACAUGGUGGAUUGUGGAAUUUACGUGCUCUACUACAUGGAGGUGAUUUCAAAGCGUGUUGCCGAAGAAAAACCUGCUUCCAUACAGCAGGGUAUUGCGUCGUGGGUCGCGUCGGUGUUCAAUGUCACGAAAGCCUCCGCUUACCGCAAUGAACUUCACAGCAGGCUUUCGCCUGCAUGA